CCCGGAGAGGCUGCAGCCCGCGGAGCUGGACCAGAGGGUUUCACUGCUCCGCUUGGACUCAGCUGAACCAUGAAGGUGGCACUGUGUGACCUCCAGAGGACGUGUCUCCUCCUGAAGCUGUUAGUGAUGGUUCGUCUCGUCGCUGCGACGCCUCUCCAGUACAGCAUGUUUCAGGGAAACGCAUAUUCUGGUACCGAAACGCGACAACGAAAUAAAAAUUGGUGUGCCUAUGUCGUGCAGAAGAACGUGAGCUGUGCGGUGGUGGGUGGAACGGAGAGUUACGUGCAGCCGGAGGUUUUGCCGUGUCCGCUGGAGCUGCCAAACUGCGCGCAACAAGUCGUAUACCAGACACACUUCAGGCCCAUGUACAAGAUUGGCUACAAGACUGUAACAGAGCUGGAGUGGAAGUGCUGCCCAGGGUACCAGGGACAUGACUGCUUGGAGCUGAAAGACAUGAGGCUACCUCACAGAGAUAGUUUUCCUCAUACACCUUCUGGUUCUGGACAUAUACGCCCCCAAGCUCGAGAACCACAAAUGGAAGGACAGAUGAACCUGCUAUGGGAAACUGAGGGGCCAUUUGGAGGCCAGACGAGUAAAAACCAGCAUGGCACUCAUGGAGGAUUCCAUAGUACGCAACACCUGGAGGAGGAAGUUCAGCAACUUACCCAGAUGGUCCUUGACAUGCAAGCAAAAAUGACAGAUAUGUCCUCCAAUCUGAGAAUGGAUUUCCAGGAAGAUGUCAGUAAAAUGUUGGUUACAAUAAUGAAUAACCAAAGGCAGCUUGCAAGUGCUCGGGGCACAGAGGCCCAAACCAUUCAGGUCCAAGAUCUGUCAUUUGAACAUGAGACAGCACUUACAGAUGAGGUCAUGAGUAAGAUAAACCAGGUCACAGACACGCUUGAGUCCAAGAGCAAUAUCUUGGACAACCUACUGGGUCAUGUCAGCCAUCUUGAUGGACAAGUUCAUUUGCUAAUGGAGGCUGCACAGGCUCCCCUGACUGUGCCCCCUACUGCUUCCUCAGCCAGUGAUGCAGAUGUCCGCACUUAUGUGGAUGAGAAAGUCAGUGCUUUGAGAAAAGAGUUGAUGGAGGGCAUAGAAAUCAAACUGGCAGAUUUGAAGAACUCAUGCGACUAUAAAAUAGUGUCUGUUCGUGAGGAAUGUGAGGGCCAAGAAGCUAACUACCAUAGUCUGGUUGAGUUGAUGGACUCAAAGGAAACUGAUCUACGCAAUGAAAUCCAGGACCUAAAGACCAAACUGACUGGACCCCUGAACAAGAAUGAAACACUACCUGGAAAUACUCCAAUUUCUGACUACGUUUUGGCUCAGGUAGAGAACAUAGAGAACCAUUUGAACUUAUCUGAGAAGACUGUGGCAGCACAGUUCAUAAAUGUGGAAGAGACACUAAGGAAGGAAGGGGCAAAGAUGAUGAAAGACCUGGAGGCCAAGAUUAAUACUAUAGAAGACAGAGUUACCACCCUUUUAGCACAUAGACAUACAAACUCAUCUAGCGUUCAGGGAGCACAUGAAGAUGCCUUCGUAAGUGACAUUCGCUCUCUUAAGGCCUCGUUUCAAGCUUUAGAGGAUAAACUCAAUGCCACGGGCCAGUUUUGUUUGCCAUGCCGAUUGAAUUGGACUGUUGUGGAAAAUAUUAAACAAGACUUUGAAAAUAGCAAACAUGCCCUAGAUACUAUUGAGACUCCUUUAAAUCUUCAGAGGCAUAAGUUAAAAGCCACUGAAGAGUUUGUCCAAAGGCAGCUUCUCAAUUACAACAUUAGCACUGAGAAUACACACAGUGAACUGAGCUCUUUGAGAGCACAAGUGGACAGAUUGGAGGGCUCUCUAUCAGAUAUACGUCACUCCUUUGCCCAGAACUCUCAGGAUUUGCAGAGUCUUAGCAACAUCUUGGGUCAAGUUAAUGUAGGGGCUCAGCAUGAAGCUCAAGGCCUUUUGGAGAGUCACAUGACACAGCAGCAAGAACUAAGACACCAGCUGGAAGAGUGGAGAAAUGAAGUGAAAGCUGAGGCUAACAGCUGCAGGAACAAAACAGAAGAUAUUGAGAAGGAGAUUGUCAAUAUUGGCCACCGUAUCGCUAGUGCUGAGAGUAUAUGUGGCAAGCUGGAACCAAUCUCAGGUAGUCUAGAAAGGAUCAAAGAGGGUCUGAAUAAACAUGUCACUGGCUUGUGGACAUGUGUCAGCCAGCUGAAUGGCACAUUGAGAGCUCAUGCUCGAGAUAUUGGAGGACUGAGGGAAGCUUGUCUGAAUCUGCACACCCAUGUCUCUGAAGUUUCUAAAGACCAAGAGGGUCAAACAGUCAGCACUCCUGAGAAGACAGGUAAGCAACAUGUGAUGGAGACCGGACAGGGGCGGGCCCCCCUGAGUGUUGCAGGACCCCCUCUGGACACCACCUUACCGCAGCAACAUGUGAUGGAGACCGGACAGGCGGGCCCCCCUGGCAUAAUGACCACAUCCAAAUUGUACAAAGGGGCUGAUGGCAGCAUGAUGCCUGUCCAAGGCUUUGCUGGAGCCCCAGCUGCCCCACUGAACUCUAUCGAGUCCCCAAAGCCUGGCAUGCCAGUGAUCUCUGAUGUACAGAUGAGACCAUCACUGCUGAAACCUGUCAUCACUUCAGGUGAGGGGGUGUCAUUCUCAGCAGGUUUGACUCUUCUGCCUUUCCAUGGAGACGUUGGAAUUAUUCGGUUCAACAAGGUGCUGCUUAAUGAUGGAGGUCACUACGAUUCUCACACAGGUAUCUUCACGGCUCCCACAGACGGUCGUUACCUUGUAAGUGCUGUGCUUUCAGCACAGCAAGGUGAGAAGAUCGUAGCUGUCUUCUCGGUAUCCAAUCGCAGCAUCCAGAGGCUGAACUCUGAGGGCUUCUCCUCCGGAGUGGCUGCGCCACCACUGCAUGAACGAUGUAACUGCAGCAGUUCAGUCUCACUAAAUUUGGUCAUUGCCCUGAAACGAGGAGACAGGGCAGGAUUGGUCCUGAUGGCCGGGAAGCUCGCCAUCUCCGCUUCCUCUGAGGUCCUCUCUUCUUUCAGUGCCGUGCUCCUGUACCCCAGUCCAUCAAAGCAAUAGCCC